UCCCGCUGCCCCGGCGCCUCGGCCACGUCUGAAAGCGGCUCAUUGUCUCUGUCGGCAGCUCGGAGCCGCGGCGGUGGCGGGAGGCGGCGACAAGGUGAAGGUGACAUGCUGAUCGGAAGCAUUUGUCAGUAUUUCUUAGCUGCAACAGUUGCUACAAGUGAGGCACACAGCGCGCACCUCAGCCCAAUCGUCCUCGGACUGUUUGAAUUUGUGGACGCUAUUGUACCGGUGCAGACAGAGUCUCGACUUUUCUCAUUGCCCUUCCUCGGUGAGAAUGGCAAGGAUUCGGAUUCCUAGCACAAUUGUUAUCAUUUUUGUUACAGUUCAGACUGGAUUCUUACUCUUCAUGUAUGCCCGGUACAGUAGCUUCACACCUCAGUCUGAGGAGAAACCAUCACAAGUCCACGUACUUAUUCUCUCUUCUUGGCGGUCGGGAUCUUCUUUUGUCGGUCAACUUUUCAGCCAGCAUCCCAGCGUCUUCUACCUGAUGGAACCUGCAUGGCAUGUGUGGGUUACAAUGUACCAGAACAGUGCCAAAGUCUUACACAUGGCAGUGCGGGAUUUAGUCAGGUCGGUCUUUCUGUGUGACAUGUCUGUGUUUGACGCGUACAUGCCUUGGAAGAGAAACUUAUCCGAUCUUUUCCAGUGGGCAGCAAGUCGGGCUCUGUGUUCAGCUCCUGCUUGUGACUUUUUUCAACGUACCGACAUAACCAGUGAAUUGGCAUGCAAGACCCUUUGUGGACGGUAUCCAUUCAGCAAGGUGGAGGAAGCCUGUAAAACUUACAGCCACGUUGUCAUCAAGGAAGUUCGGUUCUUUGACUUGAAGGUCCUAUACCCCCUUCUCACUGAUCCAUCCCUGAAUCUCAAAAUUAUUCACCUGGUCCGUGACCCCAGGGCAGUUGUUAAGUCACGAGAACAAUCAGUCAAAGCGUUAGCCCGUGACAAUGGAAUUGUCUUGAGUACCAAUGGCACUAAAGUGGAAGAUAGCAAAUACAAAGUAAUGCAAGAGGUUUGCAGAAGUCAUGUUCAGAUUUAUGAAACAGCUACUCUAAAACCACCUAAUUUCCUGAAAGAUCGCUAUUUAAUGGUCCGUUUUGAAGAUCUGGUAAGAGAACCGUUAUCAGAAAUCUCAGAAAUGUAUAAAUUUGCAGAUCUUAGUUUGACUCCCAGGCUCAAAAGCUGGAUCUAUAAUAUCACACAUGGACAGGGACCAGGGAAAAAAAAAGAAGCCUUCAAAAUAACAUCUCGAGAUGCAGUUAGUGUUUCACAGGCCUGGAGAAAUGUUCUUUCCUUUCAGAAAGUUAAGAAAAUACAGGAAGUUUGCAAAGGUGCUAUAAACAUUCUUGGUUAUCAGCUGGUGGAUUCAGAAAAAGAACAAAGAGAUCUGACAUUGGAUUUGGUGUUGCCAAGGCGACAAAAUCAAUUCAGUUGGUCAUCAUUUAAUCCAAAACACUGAGACAUUUUUGAGAGAUCUGGGAGGUGGGGAGGGCUAGUUAUUUGAAUAUUUCUCUACUGUGCAGCAUAUAGUAGUUGGAAAAUCCUUGGCUGAUGACUUUAUGUUUUCCUCUACUCCUUUUCUGCUAAUGUAAGAAGGUUUUUUUACAUUAAAAAAAAGACAGCAAAGUUCUUGUCAGCCCAUUACUGUGCUGCUCACAACAUUGUCCUAAGAAUAUAAUUUAAGCACCUUCUAUUAAAACAUGGAUUAUCAAAGAUGUCUUUGUUUACUGAUAAUAUUUCAAAUAUUUUUUUUCACGCUUUAAUUAUUUAAGGAUCAGAGUUUGUUAUUUGUAUAUACAGAACAAUGUAGAUUAACCAAAUUUCUUCACUUGACUUUCUUCUUUAAAGUUGUCGUGCAGUUGUAUAUUUUUUUUUUUUUAGACUUUUGGUAUUUUAAAUUUUAACGUGUAACUUUUCCAAAAGGUAGGGUAUCUGCAGCAGCUGUGUUGUAAAAGGCUUAAAUAGGAACUUCAUUUAUUGAUAGAUUUCAUAGUGGUUUCCUUGGAAUGGCAAUGUUUACAAUUCAGUGUGAUGUUUGUUUGGAGUGCAAAAACCAAAGAAAUGAAGGAACUUUCGGUGGAAUUACAGUGGAAAUAGCGUUUCA